GCAUCACAUCUCAAGUCUUAUCAUCUCACAAGACACUCCUCCCCUAGAACCUUCAUUACUUCCUUGUUUCUAUUCUAUUUUGAAUAACAAAGAAAUAGAGAGGAUUUUGGUUAUAUUGGAUAUACUCAUCUGAAUCACUUGGAAGAUGGAAAGCACUGUGGCGUAUGAGAGUGAUCUCAACCUCAAGGCAACUGAACUUAGGCUAGGGUUGCCGGGCACAGAGGAAAAAGCAGUGCCUGCAAGUGUUAAGACCAACAAAAGGCCAUUGACUGAAACAUCUGAGGAGUGUGGUUCAAAGGGUGCUCAACAUGUGGAAAGUGAAGCACCCCCUCCUGCCAAGGCAAAGUUAGUGGGGUGGCCACCAAUCAGAUCCUAUAGGAAAAACAGCCUGCAGGAGAAUGAGGGUGCAGGGAUUUAUGUGAAAGUGAGCAUGGAUGGAGCUCCUUAUCUCAGAAAGAUAGACUUGAGGGUCUAUGGAGGCUACACACAACUCCUCAAAGCUCUAGAAAACAUGUUCAAGCUCACCAUAGGGGAGUAUUCUGAAAAAAAAGGUUAUAAGGGAUCUGAUUAUGCACCUACAUAUGAAGACAAGGAGGGUGACUGGAUGUUAGUUGGAGAUGUUCCAUGGAAUAUGUUUGUGACUUCUUGCAAAAGGCUAAGAAUCAUGAAAGGAUCAGAGGCAAGGGGUUUGGCUUGUGGUGUAUGAGAAACAACUAAAAUUACUAUGAGCAUAAAAGUGUUUUGGAGUGAAGGAAAACCAUGCAUUCAGCUUGGGUUCUCGGAACUGAAAGAGGGUUUUGAAUCACUGUAGUGUAUGCUGUUAGCAUACCUAUAUACAUAUGGAGUUGUACUUUGAAUCAGGGGGAUGGAGGAUAAGGUGCAGUUUCUUUCCACAAGUUUGGCAACGUUAAUUUCUUAUGGUUAUUUUAGCAUCUGUGGUGGGAUGCUAUGCUCUAUGUAUGCUGUUGUUCUCAUUGGUCCUUUAAAGUUUCAAAUGAGAAAUCUCAUAAUGAUUUCAAAUGAAUUGUUUUGUGUAAAAAAGGGAUAGAAAGAGGUUAUAUGUCUUGUUCAUCUAUGCUUUUUGUUUUAUUUUGUAUUGAUACAAGAAUACAGUGUAAUAUACCAAGUAUUCGUAUGUAUAAAU